AAUUAGUUAAAAUGUUUUUAUUGCGUUAGGCCCAUUGAUUCCAAACAGCAGUAGGAAUGCACAAAUUUAUAAUUAUUAUGAUUAAUUUUAUAAGUAAUUCUUCAUUUAAAUAGUGUAUUGUUUAUAGCAUGUACAGAGCUAUGUAAAAGAGAUCAGUAACAAAAUGUUAAGUUUACAGGCUACAUGAAUAACAGAAAAUGUUAAGCGGACCGAACUAGUAGAGCUACAUGACUUACUUGGUUCGCUCAAUGAAUUGUUCGAUUGAACAUAUACCGAACGCUUUGAUACAACUCUACGAACUAUUUCUAAUUGAGUGAGAAUCUUAAUAAAAAAGUUAAUUUUACUGUGUCAACUUGUGUCAAAGUGUUAUCAUAGUGAAGCAAAAAACGUCGAACGUGUACGUAGAAAUUGACUGGGGCGAGCUGCAACAAGUGCAACAAGUGAAAGCCAAUUACCAGAAAUGCCGCCCGUUCAAGUCCAGGCCAUAAGUAUGUCGCUCGGUGCAAUGCAUUGCACGAGAUGCGCUGACGGCUUCGAGCCCACCGAAAAGAUUGUCAAUUCCAACGGCGAGCUUUGGCAUACGCAGUGUUUUGUUUGCGCUCAGUGCUUCCGUCCGUUUCAGGAUGGCAUUUUUUAUGAGUUCGAGGGACGCAAGUAUUGUGAACGGGACUUCCAUGUGCUAUUUGCACCUUGUUGCAACAAGUGCGGCGAGUUCGUAAUUGGACGUGUCAUCAAAGCCAUGUCCGCUAGUUGGCAUCCGCAGUGCUUCCGCUGUCAGCUCUGCGCCAAAGAAUUGGCCGAUAGUGGCUUCAUUCGCAAUCAAAAUCGUGCGCUUUGCCACGAAUGCAAUGCCAAGGUGAAGGCCGAGAUAACGGGUCGCUAUGUGUGCCAGAAGUGUCACGGCCUGAUUGACGAGGAACCAUUGCGUUUCCGUGGCGAAGUGUACCAUGGCUAUCACUUCAACUGCUCUGCGUGCGGCACAGAAUUGGAUGCCACAGCGCGCGAGGUCAAGAGUAGGCCAGGCCUGGCCGCGAACGAUAUGAAUGAACUGUAUUGUCUUCGCUGUCACGAUAAGAUGGGCAUUCCCAUUUGUGGUGCCUGUCGUCGGCCAAUUGAGGAGCGUGUGGUCACAGCGCUGGGUAAGCACUGGCACGUGGAGCAUUUCGUGUGUGCUAAGUGUGAGAAACCCUUCCUGGGCCAUCGGCACUACGAGAAGCGAGGUCUGGCAUACUGCGAGACGCACUAUCAUCAGCUCUUUGGAAAUUUGUGCUUCGUUUGCAAUCAAGUCAUUGGUGGAGAUGUUUUCACCGCAUUAAACAAGGCAUGGUGCGUUCAUCACUUUGCCUGUUCCGUGUGCGAUACGAAAAUGACACAAAAAUCGAAAUUUUACGAGUAUGAUGAGAAACCAGUGUGCAAGAAAUGUUACGAACGGUUCCCUAACGAGCUGCGACGACGCCUGCGCACCGCCCACGAGAUGACCAUGAAAAAGAGUGUCUAGUGGAAUAAGCUGCAGCAUUUAAUUGCCCAGCUCAGCUUUUCCAGCACACAAAUCUACACCAAAACGUGUAAAGUCAAAGUGCCUAUUGCCGUUCAGUUCUUUGUUUGUAGUUGUCCACGUCUAACAUUCAAUGUUAAUUGUCAAAACUAAACAAAACAUUUGUGCCUUGUUCAUAUUUCUGUAAACUUUUCAUUUCUGUUGUACUGUGUAAUACUUCUUAAACAAAAGAGCGAAAAAAGCUUUG